AUGAGUAAGAACGCAGGGUUAAACUUCCGCUUCGCUCCAUUAGAUUCAAUCACUCACACCGAAGACCGCGGUGCGGAAUGGAGAAGCGCCAACCGAGGUCCUCAAAAUCAAUUAAUGCUACUGAAAGUCCAGUGCUCUUCUAAAUUCAAGGAGGCCCUUGCACGUCAUUGGCACGUAAGAGCUUCUGAAGCUUUCAGCAGCUGCCUAUUCAUGAAUGGAGCAGGCAUGAUCCAAGUUGUCAUAAAUCGAUAUUCCUUGAAGAAUAAUGGGGACAGCGGACGCCACUAUGACGCUGCUGAAACGGUGGACAAAAUAAAAAGCCUCUCACAUUCACCAUCUGCCGCUGCGUACCGAGGAAAAUACACACCACAGAGAACCGAGCAAUUCAUUAUUAUGGUUAGCAUGAGAUUUAAAGCCAUAGCAUCCCGCCUUGAUUGA